AUGCGAAAGGCUGAGGAAGCCGGAAAGGGAAUAGCAUGGAGUGAAAGACCGUGGUGGUUGAAAAGCGGGCUGCUGAAGCGCGGGCUGGUGAAGCGCGGGCUGAUGAAGCGCGGGCUGAUGAAGCGCGGACUGAUGAAGCGCGGGCUGGUGAAGCGCGGGCUGGUGAAGCGCGGGCUGGUGAAGCGCGGGCUGGUGAAGCGCGGGAUGGUGAAGAGCAGCCAAGUGGAUGGCGCCCCCUGCCCGUCGGGCCGCCCGCCCGCGCGCCGGCCCGCCGCGCCGUCCGCGUCGCCCGCGCGCGCCGCCGACGCCGCCUCAGGCCCCUCUCCCGACGCUGGCGGGGCGCCCGCCGCCGCUCCACCACCGCUGCCGCCCGCUCGCACCGCCCACGGAAUUUGGGACCAGGCUGUGCUGCGCCCGCGUCGCGGCGGCGGCGCGUCCGGCAGCGGCGGCGGCAGCGGCGCCGGCGGCAGCCGGCGGCGGCCCGCACCACCCGCCGCACCCUCUGCCGCCGCACUACCCUCUGCUGCUGCAGCCACACCACCGGGCGCGGAGGCGGCCCCGCAGCAGCCCGCGCCGCAGCCGCCGCACCCCGGGGCCCGUGGCGGCGGCGGGCCCGGCCCCGUCCCCGGCCCCGGCCCCGUGCCUCUGCCCGUGGGGCCCGUCCCGCUGGCGCCCGUGGGCGCGCUGGGCGGGCUGGGCGCCCUGGGCGGCUGCGGGGUGACGUCCGCGCCCUUCCUGCUGGCUUCGGAGCUGCGGCUGGGCGGCGGAGGCCGCUGCGUCGACUCGCUGCUCGACAUCACGGCCAAGAUCGUCGCCGAGAACAUCCCCUUCCAGCGCAUCGAGGAGCGCUACGACCGCAUCCCCGAGCCAGUGCAAAGACGCAUCAUCUACUGGUCGUUUCCUAGAGACGAACGCGACAUCUGCAUGUAUUCGUCCCUUUCGCGAGUGCCUCCAGUGAACGCGAGUGGUGAACAUCAAAACCUAUCGUUUUACAAAGGAUUAAAGCUGCUGGAAACCGGAUGUGUGGAUAACGUUCUCCAAGUCGGAAGUUUGCCAGGAAUGGGAAGGAAGCAGUUCUACGGACAUCCUGGGCCGGCGAAGUGGGCUGUAUGGGUCCUGCAAGAGAGAGAAAUUUCGUCUUUAAUUGCCUUGACUGGCUUACGUUUAGACACGCUGGCAAUUGUGUACUCCGGUGUUCAUAGCGAUGUUGAAGCCACGGCCACAACACAUACCUUUGCGCAUUUCAUAGAAAGCACUCUUUGUCAACUUUCUGGUGCUUACGGUUAUGAAUACGUUUCGUGGAUCAGACAACGACUUCGUUUAUUUUCUGUUGGACGAGGUGUGGAUCAGGGAUCAGCUGUGUACAAUGUUGCUCUCGUCAGAUUUGUGCCAGUGUUGCAGGAAGGGUUUUCCGGCCGCCUUCCCGUGUAA